CUCGUAUUCGUCUGUGGUACGUACUGUGCCCUCGUCUAGUUGGACUGUGUGUAUUAGUGUGAGCGUGUGGGUUCAGUCAACCCGCUGCCAGCGGCACAGGCCCCCGCUCCAAAAAUAAUGCAAAGUGUGUAAAAUUUUGAUUAACAAAAAAAAAAAACAAUCAGGCACGCGCGUUUUAUGCAAUUCUGACGUGUUUUUAAACAGCAAGUGAAUAACACAAAAAAUAUUGUUUGAUUUUUGCAAAAACAAAUACGUAACAGCAACAGCGGCGUCUGUGUGCUCAUGUGUGUGUAACCAAAGCAGCUGUGUAAGUGUAGACGCGAGCGUGCCAAAGAAAAAGAGAGGCAGAGCGAGCAAUGAAGUGAUAAGUGCAUACCGCUCUCAUGCUCAAGCUCUCUCUCUCCCUCUCUCUGUGUGUGUGCGAAGGGACUUGUUGCUGCCGUCGCUGGCGACCGUUGCAGACAGAAGCCGUAGUUGAGUUCAAGUGACGACUUCGCACUGAGAACGACCAAAAACAAAAACAAUAACAAGAAAUAUAUAUAUAUCGUUUUUGAUUGAUAUAAAUGAAUAUGCAGCAACAGAGUCGCAGCUGAAAAUAAAAUAAAAUCAUUUUAAUGUCCAAGUGUUCGCCGUUACGUCUUUAAUUGGCGCGCAGCAAGAAAUACACACAAACAACAAACACAAGCACGAACACACACUCGUCUAUAUAACAUCAAGAGCAACAAUAACAAUAAUAAUAACAGUAGGACAGGCAAAAGCCGCUUAAGUGCAACAGUAAUAAAAAAUAAUAAUAAGAAAAGAGCCAAAGCAAAACAAAGAAAUAGCAAUAAGAAGCACACGAAGAGGUGUGCAAGCGUGUAAAAUACGAUUUGAGUGCCAAAAAAGAAGAAAAAAUUAAAAACAUCAGCUUUCAAUUAUAAAGACGAACCAUGCAAAAAGCACAAAUAGGAAGGAAAUCAACAAGUGUGUGACGCGCGUCUCCGUUCGUUCGGUCGUCUGCUCUGCUUCGCUUUCAUUCAUGCGGUCAACUAGAGUCAACAGCCAUAACAGCAGCGGCAGCGUCUGAUAAAAACCCAAAGCAACAGCAAAAACAAAAGUAACUGCAUACCAGUAAUAACAACAACACCAACAACGACAGCUACUUCCAACGGCGAGCUUUCAAUUGCUAAGCAUGACUCGCACAUGAUUGUGAAUUAUAUUUGAUAAGAACGUACACUCGUUUAUUAUGAAGCACCCCCAAGAUCUGACAAUUACCGAUGGACAGCAGCUAAUGGAGAUUAAUAAAGUGGAGCAAAUGGAGCAGGAGCUCAAUGAGCCAGAAUCGGCCGAAAGUCAAAUAAUGCAUGCAGAUGCUCUGCCUAUUGGGCAUCCUGCUGGCUCACCCAUUGGCCAUGCGCUGAGUCCCAAUGUCGUUGGCCUCGGCCUUAGCAAUAGCAGCAAUCAGAGCAGCGAGAAUUUCACUCUCUGCAAUGGCAACAGCAAUGCCAGCAACAACAACAACAACAACAUCAUGUACUCACCGAACAACAACAACAGCAGUGGCAGCGGCAGCCAGCAGCAGCAGCAACAGCAGCAGCAACAACAGCAACAACAGCAGCAACAGCAACAGUCGCCGACAGUUUGUGCAAUUUGUGGAGAUCGGGCGACGGGCAAGCACUAUGGCGCCUCCAGCUGUGAUGGCUGCAAAGGCUUCUUCAGGCGCAGCGUUCGCAAAAAUCAUCAGUAUACCUGCAGAUUCGCGCGCAACUGUGUUGUGGACAAGGAUAAGCGCAAUCAGUGUCGCUAUUGCCGCUUGCGCAAGUGCUUCAAGGCGGGCAUGAAGAAGGAGGCAGUGCAGAACGAACGCGAUCGCAUUAGUUGCCGUCGCACCUCCAAUGAUGAUCCGAAUCCAGGCAAUGGACUAUCGGUUGUGUCGCUCGUCAAGGCGGAGAACGAAUCGCGACAAUCGAAAGCGGGCGCCGCCAUGGAGCCCAACAUCAAUGAGGAUCUCUCGACCAAACAGUUUGCCAGCAUCAACGAUGUCUGCGAGUCAAUGAAACAGCAGCUGCUCACCCUAGUCGAGUGGGCCAAACAGAUACCGGCCUUCAAUGAUCUACAGCUGGACGAUCAAGUCGCUCUACUCCGCGCCCAUGCUGGUGAGCACUUGCUGCUUGGUCUCUCGCGCCGCUCUAUGCAUCUGAAGGAUGUGCUGCUGCUCAGCAACAACUGUGUCAUCACCAGGCAUUGUCCAGAUCCACAUGUCUCGCCCAAUUUGGACAUUUCACGCAUUGGAGCACGCAUCAUUGAUGAACUCGUGGUUGUGAUGAAAGACGUGGGGAUCGACGAUACCGAAUUCGCCUGCAUUAAGGCAUUGGUCUUCUUUGAUCCCAAUGCCAAGGGUCUCAAUGAGCCGAAUCGCAUCAAGUCCUUGCGCCAUCAGAUACUCAACAAUCUGGAGGAUUACAUCUCGGACAGGCAAUACGAGUCUCGUGGUCGAUUUGGCGAGAUUCUGCUCAUUCUGCCGGUGCUGCAGUCAAUUACCUGGCAGAUGAUUGAACAAAUCCAAUUUGCCAAAAUCUUUGGCGUCGCGCACAUCGAUUCGCUGCUGCAGGAGAUGCUGCUAGGCGGUGAACUGGCAGACAAUUCGUUGCCCUUGUCGCCGCCCAAUCAGUCCAACGAUUACCAGAGUCCAACGCAUGGCGGCAAUUUGGAUGGCAGUCAGGUUAGCUCUACCCUGGACACGCUGGCAUCGGCGAGUAGCGGUACGCAUGGCCUGGAUCUGGAUGUGCAACAGAUACAGGCGCUCAUCGAGGCUAACAAUGCGGAGGAUACGUUACGUGCCUAUACAAAUAACAAUGCUGCUGCCGUCGCUGCCGUUGUUGCUGCCACUCCCUCGUCUGCCGUAACGCCUCCAUUGAGCAGCGCCGCCUGCAGUCCGAAAUCGCAAGAGAAUGCCUACAUGGAUGCGGCGGCAUCACGUCAAUACAAUGUCCAGCACAAGAGUCAGCUAAUGCACAGUCCACAGCGAGUGCAUCCCUACCAAAGAGUGGCCACAUCGCCGGUCGAUGCCGGCCUCGGAAUGCGCAAUCCGGCGGACAUCACGCUCAACGAAUACAAUCGCAGCGAGGACAACAGUGCCGACGAGCUGUUGCGUCGCACGCCCCUCAAAAUACGUGUGCCCGAAAUGAUGGCGCCCAGCUAUGUGAUGGAGCCAUGUCGCAUGACGCUUAAACAGGAGCCCGAAACGGGCUAUUAACUGGUGCAAUAAUCUAAGUGACAUACAUACACACACACUACCCUUCCUUAUGAUACCCCACCACACUCUACCCUAUUCUACUCUACCUCCUCUACAGGCCCCCUCUUGCUAGCUGCUAAGUGCUAUACAACAAAAACAAAAACAAAAAC